AUGAAUUCCACAGAAGCAACAGAUGACACUUCGAGAACAACACUGAAGUUGGCGUUGGCGAUCUCAUAUUUGGUUUUAUUUAUAGUUGGAACAAUCGGAAAUGGGUAAGAGAAUGAAAAAGUUCCCGGUGGAUUUCGAACCUGAUUGAGAAAGUAUUAAAAAAAAAUAAUUAAAUGUGCUCUAUCGCAAAUCCCCCAUUCAAUAUAAAUAUUCAAAUUUUCUAGCACCGUAAUCUUGAUGAUCAUCAAUAUUUUAACAAUGAUGAAGAAGAACGUGCAAGCUGGAAAACGAAAUAUGAUGUCAAGCACGAAUCAUGUAUUCAUAUAUGUUUUAGGUAUGCUUUUAGACAAGUUUUUAUAUGUGCAGCCUAGCUAGGGGGUCUUUUUUUGCAGGUCUCUCAAUAGUUGAUCUUCUUGUCAUUCUUCAUUUGCCAUUUUUGGUUGCCGAUCUUUUGAAAGGUUCGCGAUAGAAGAACACACUAACAAAAGGCAGUGAUAAAUUGAAUUUUUUCAGGACAAUGGUUGUUCGGUGUGGCCAUGUGCAAAGUUUAUUGGUUCGGUGAAAGUGUGAACAAACUUUUGAGCUCGUUUUUGAUGACAGUUUUGAGUUGGGAUCGAUAUAUGGCGGUUUGCAGUCCCGUCAAAUCUAUGAAGUAAUUAGUUGUUUGAUGCAAGUUUUCUUAAUUAAUCAAAUUUCAGAAUGCGGAGCAACUCUACAGCUCUAAAAGUUUUGAUUGUUUGCACAACUGUUGCCACAGUUUUACUAUUACCCGUUUUUAAUGAAUCACAAGUUUAUCGGAUUGAUAAAAUUCGGAUGAUACAGUUGCAAGAGGGAAGCGUGGAACAAGCUCAUUCUGGUGAGUAGCUAAGUAGACAUUUUGAAUUCUGAGAUUUGAUUUGAAAAUUUUUGAAAAAAAGCAUUAUUGAGAUUUCAGACAAUGCUGGUACGACAAUCUCAAAAUGCGUUUUCGAUGCAGAUGCAACAUUCACACUCUACACAUUUCUAAUUGGUUUCAUCCUUCCCGCAUUUCUCAUAAUCAUCUUCUACGUAAAAGUAAUUCGUGCACUUCAAAAAUCAUCUCGAAAUAUUCGAGGAACCCGAACUGAUAAACAAGAUGCAACAUCAAAUCGAGUCAAAAAAGUGACGAAAAGAAUUGUUGCUGUCAUUCUUUUCUAUUUCUUAUGCUGGACUCCACAAUGGACAUUAAAUAUAAUGUCACAAUUCAAUUUGAUUGCUGUCUCUUGGAUGACACCAUUGCUUUCUGCAAUGUUCUUUUUUGCUCAUAUUUUGGUGUGCUUCAAUUCUGCUGCAAAUCCGAUUCUCUACGCAUAUAUUAAUCGAGAAUUGCGAAGUCAACAUGUUAUGGCAAUGCAUAGAAAAAGACACUCUGUAACUCAAGAACAAAGACUAAUGAAUAAAAGAAAUUCAAGACAAUCUGAUGCCUCUAAAUUAGAUGAAAUUAUAGUUAGCGAGGCUGGAAAUACUCGAUUUUCAUCACUGAAAUCAUCGAUUUUAUCUAAAUUCUCUAGAAGACAUCGAAGAGUUCCGAAUAUUGUUGAAAAACAUGUUCAGAAUAAUAGCAAUUCUUCAUUGACGGAUGAGGAGAAAGAUGAUUUUUUGUAA